UUUGAACUCGCCUGGUGCAAACCGAUCUAGCACUAGGACCCCUCUGCUGCGUGUCAGCUGACGAGGCAGCCGUCUAUAUGCGACGCGACUGUGUGCGGCCCGCAGCGUUUUUUUCAGCUUGUUGCGAAGACGGAUGUGCCCGCCGUGAACAGGCCCAUGUCUGAGAACCCAGACAGACGGUCACACCUCAGCAGACAGUCCGCCACACUCGAGUACGUCGGCCCGAACAGCAGCAGUGGAGCAAGAUGGAGUGUGAGUGGAAGCCAGACGAGCAGGGACUCCAACAGAUUUUACAGCUGCUGAAAGAGUCCCAGUCGCCGGAUACGUCCACACAGCGAUCCGUCCAGCAAAGACUUGAGCAGCUCAACCAGUAUCCUGACUUUAACAACUAUUUGAUAUUUGUUUUGACAAAGUUGAAAUCAGAAGAUGAACCAACGCGGUCCCUGAGUGGGCUGAUACUGAAGAACAAUGUCAAAGCCCACUAUCAGAACUUCCCUAAUGGUGUGUCUGAUUUCAUCAAGAGCGAGUGCCUCCAAAACAUUGGAGACUCAUCUCCCCUUAUCCGGGCCACUGUCGGUAUCCUCAUUACCACGAUCGCCUCCAAAGGAGAGCUACAAAACUGGCCGGAGCUCUUGCCUAAGCUCUGCCUGCUGCUGGAUUCUGAGGACUACAACACAUGUGAGGGAGCGUUUGGAGCCCUACAGAAAAUCUGUGAAGACUCUGCUGAGAUCCUAGACAGUGACAUGCUGGAUCGUCCUCUCAACAUCAUGAUCCCCAAGUUCUUACAGUUUUUUAAGCACAACAGUCCUAAGAUUAGGUCUCAUGCCAUCGCCUGCGUCAACCAGUUCAUCAUCAGCAGGACUCAGGCUCUUAUGCUGCACAUUGACUCUUUCAUUGAGAACCUGUUUGCACUGGCAACAGAUGAGGAACCAGAAGUGAGGAAGAAUGUGUGCAGGGCUCUAGUCAUGCUGCUGGAAGUCCGCCUGGACCGCCUCCUGCCACACAUGCACAACAUCAUCGAAUACAUGCUACUGAGGACUCAGGAUCAAGAUGAAAAUGUUGCGUUGGAGGCCUGUGAGUUCUGGCUUACCCUGGCGGAGCAGCCAGUGUGUAAGGAAGUGCUGAGUGGCCACCUCUCCCAGCUCACUCCGGUGCUUGUCAACGGGAUGAAGUACUCUGAGAUUGACAUUAUCCUGCUCAAGGGCGACAUUGAGGAAGAUGAGGCAAUUCCUGACAACGAGCAAGACAUCAGACCACGCUUCCACCGGUCGCGCACAGUUGCCCAGCAGCAUGAGGGUGAUGGGAUUGAGGAAGAUGAAGAUGAGGAUGAUGAACUGGAUGAUGAUGACACUAUUUCUGACUGGAACCUGCGUAAGUGUUCAGCAGCAGCAUUGGACGUGUUGGCCAACGUGUUCAGGGAUGAUCUGUUGCUGCACCUUCUGCCCCUCCUCAAAGAGCUGCUCUUCCAUCCAGAGUGGGUGGUAAAGGAGUCUGGCAUCCUUGUGCUGGGGGCUAUAGCUGAAGGCUGUAUGCAGGGCAUGAUCCCAUACCUGCCUGAGCUCAUUCCCCAUCUCGUCCAGUGUUUGUCUGACAAGAAGGCCCUGGUGCGUUCAAUCACCUGCUGGACACUGAGCCGCUAUGCCCACUGGGUUGUCAGCCAGCCCCCAGAUACUUACCUGAAGCCCCUUAUGACAGAGCUGCUCAAACGUAUUCUGGACAGCAACAAGCGUGUGCAGGAGGCUGCUUGCAGUGCCUUUGCCACUUUGGAGGAGGAGGCUUGUACGGAGCUGGUGCCAUACCUGGCAUUCAUCCUUGACACACUGGUGUUCGCUUUCAACAAGUACCAGCACAAAAAUCUGCUUAUUCUUUAUGAUGCCAUAGGAACGCUGGCAGACUCAGUUGGACACCAUUUGAAUAAACCGGAGUACAUCCAGAUGUUGAUGCCUCCACUGAUCCAAAAAUGGAAUCAGCUGAAAGAUGAAGACAAAGAUCUCUUCCCUUUAUUAGAAUGUCUGUCCUCAGUGGCCACUGCCCUGCAGAGUGGCUUCCUGCCCUACUGUGAGCCUGUGUACCAACGCUGUGUCAACCUGGUCCAGAAAACCCUCGCUCAGGCCAUGCUUCAUCAGUCGCAGCCUGACCAGUACGAGGCCCCUGACAAAGACUUCAUGAUCGUGGCGUUGGAUCUUCUUAGUGGACUUGCUGAGGGUCUGGGAGGUACCAUUGAGGAGCUAGUUGCUCGUAGCAACAUCCUCACCCUCAUGUAUCAAUGCAUGCAGGACAAAAUGCCCGAAGUGCGACAGAGUUCGUUUGCUCUGCUGGGGGAUCUGACUAAAGCUUGUUUCCAGCAUGUCAAACCCUGUAUCGCUGAUUUCAUGCCCAUACUGGGCACUAAUUUAAACCCAGAGUUAAUAUCAGUGUGCAACAAUGCGACAUGGGCAAUUGGAGAGAUAUCUAUACAAAUGGGGUCUGAAAUGCAGCCGUACGUCGCCAUGGUGCUGCACCAGCUGGUGGAGAUCAUUAACAGGCCCAAUACCCCAAAGACUCUGCUGGAAAACACAGCAAUAACAAUUGGUCGUCUUGGUUACGUUUGUCCUCAAGAGGUGGCACCCAUGCUACAGCAGUUUAUAAGACCCUGGUGCACCUCUCUACGAAAUAUAAGAGACAAUGAGGAGAAAGACUCUGCGUUCAGAGGAAUUUGCACUAUGAUCAGUGUAAAUCCGGGAGGUGUAGUGCAGGAUUUUAUAUUCUUCUGUGAUGCAGUGGCCUCCUGGGUAAAUCCAAACGAUGAUCUAAGAGACAUGUUCUGCAAGAUCCUUCACGGUUUUAAGAACCAGGUGGGUGAGGACAACUGGAGGCGAUUCUCAGAUCAGUUCCCCAUGCCCCUGAAGGAACGGCUGGCAACCUUUUACGGGGUGUAACUGUUUCCACAGCAGUGUGCCUCAUCACUGGGGUCAUUCACUUUGGGAGACAAAAUAGGGAACCUCUUUUACCCAGGGAACAUGUUACCCUUUACUGGGGGGAAGGGUCUGCCUGCUGAGGGGAGGGAAGGGGUGCGGACCCCUCCCCGACCUGGUGGACGGGGUGGGAGGGAGGUGGUAGCUGCAGUGCUCAGAGCCCCUAUGCACAGGCAAAGGGGGAAAGAGACAGGCAGAACAACCUUAUCAUGGGAGGAAAAUUCAUUAAUCCGUAAUCUUUUUUUUUUUCUCUAGAUUUCUUCCCCAAACGCUUUAUUUUCUGUCAACCAAACUACUGAAAAGAAAUGUAAGCAAACAUGGAGAACAUUCGCAAAACUCUGUCAAACAUUUACUCGUUACUUUUGGUUAGAUGGCGAGUUUUUCGUAUAUUGAAAGGUUAGUGUGGAAAAUGGUCUCCAGAGCAGGUACACAUUUAUAUUCAUGUCCGCCAGGUAGAUGUCAAAUGGUACUUUACUGAAAUUGAAUUUUACCAGUGGAACUGGGAUUGUUCUCAAUAAAUACAGUUAAGUUGGAGCUCAUAUAAUAAGAAUGACUCUCAUUGGAUCCAUCCCUAGAGAAGAUGAUAAUACAAUGCUGCAUAUCACAAAGAAUAAGUUCAUCUCUAUAGUUGUCAGAUAAUUUCAGUUUUUCAUUCUUUAGCAGGGCAAACGCUGUUAAUUAUGUCAUUGGAGAGCACAAGAUUUUGUUUUAAGCUUUUCUGGGAAUAGGUAGCAUGCUUGUAUCAUUGUGAAAAGCCGUAGAAUAUUAGUAAUGUGUAUUGCGUUCGACAGCUGUCAUUGCCCUGUAAUAAGGUCUCUGACCUUGUAAUUUAUCUAUUAGCAGUACUUUUUGUUUCAUCUACCAGAGAAUUACGGCAAUCAGCUGUAAUGUAGCAUGACCGGGUUUACACGCCGAACUUAGGAGAUGUGUUAAAAAAAAAAAAAAAAAAAUCCUGGCUGUGAUGUAAUGCUGGAGUGAAUCUCUUGGUCUUGUGGUGGAUGUGAUAUGGACAUUCAACAGCAAGUAUAUCAAAGCUUUACAUGCUUACAAUCCUUUCUAUUGUCUGGACUUCAUGAAAGCAAAGUGAAGGAGAAGCCCACGGGUUAACUUCCUGUGAGUCGGUCAUUAUCUUUAGUUUCUUGGACUUAAACCGCAAGGACACUAAUCCUGUUUUAGUGACUUCUGACGAUCAGAACCAUGCAGCCCAUUAACUCAGUGUUGAAUAUGUUAAUUUCUCAAUGUACUGAAGUUUUGUUUGGCUUUGUGUGCUAAAAGCAUGAUCGCGAGGAUGACUGUGUAAUGUUUUGGGUGGUUGUGUUUCGUAGGGUAUUUGGAUGCUUUCAUCUCUUGCAUGUUGGUGGCCCCUCACACCCCAACAUAUAUUGGGGAAGGGAUUAUGGGAGGGUGGGGAGCUUCAAUUUAAGAUUUAAAAAGUACAUAGUAACCAUUUUAGGUGUUGCAACACUGGGACAGUUAUAACGUCAUAUAGAUCUUGCUGGAGUGUUCUCCCUUGACUUUUACCCCAUAGCUGGAUGUAUAGUUUUUAAAAACUGUGAAACGACAACGUUAUUGUCUCUGGUUGUUUUUACGCUGUUAUAUUUUUAAAAAAAGUGUGUAAGUGUUUAAGUUACAGAUACGCUGAAUGUAUUCCAUGAUGGGUUGGAGAGGGAGAAAGAUUUUUUUUUUUUGAAUGCCCAGUCAGUCAUUUUUCCUCUGCCGGCCAGAGUAAUAACUGCAGUAUUUUAACCUUUGAAAUGCACAUGACAUGCACUUAAAAAUUUUAAUUGCAUGCCUUUGGAUUUAAUGAUGUCGCCAAACCCUUCAUAAUAUGAACCAAGUGUUAACACGGAUCAUUAAUAAGAUAAUCUGCUGCUAAAAUGUAUUUACUUAAUGCAAUAAGUAUAAAGUAAUCUGUAUCUUCAUGCAAUUGGUUCUUUUAAUAUUUAGAAGUAGUUUAGUUUCUCUGAUAAACUUAUACAAUGUUAGAUUUAAUGUUAAUGAGGUGAGCGGUGGUUAAAUACAGGAUGCAUCAUGGAAUACAGAGGCAAAUACAUUUAUGUGCCACGUCAUUUUGUGUUUCGGGGUGAAUUUUGUCUGUCACAUUCCAGUUGUUUGGCAUGCAAAAAAAUUGAGAAAUAGCAGCUUGAUGGGGCAUGUGUGUGUGUGUCUCUGUGUGUGUACACAGUGUCCAGUUGGUCCUUCGUUGAAAGAGUGUAGGUCUUUAAAACACACGUAACAAUCCCCAGCCCUGCUGUGUGCUGUAUUUCUGACUUGACUGCUGCUAUACAUUGUAGUUGUGUUUCACUACUUGAAUAUGUGUUUUCUACGUGUUAACCUCAGGUCGUCUGUGUUCAGUGUUACUUGUUUUCAUUGUUUCCCCAAUGUGUACGCCUUUAGCCAUCUCCUCUCAACAACUAAAGAUUAGUCAAACUCUUGCCCUUCAUAUUGAAAAGUGGGUAACCAUGGGUGUGAAUUGACAUUAGUGUUAUAUUUGUGCAACACAGCUAGCUGUCCAAUGUUAUUAAAACUGCAACGCACGAGGGAAGAAUUAUUGCAAAUGACAACUUGCACAUACUUUGUGUACCUUUUGUCAAAAGUGAUUGUUAUCCGACUACGAUAAAUAUGUAGUGUAAUAUGUACACAAUGCCUUGAGAGAAAAUACAUUGAGGUUUUGUUGGUGUUUUGCAAUAGAUACACAGUAUACGGUAUCUAAAGAAACAGGUAACGCCUAAUUUAAAAGCAAAGAAACAUGAUGUUUGCAAAUAUAAGUUUGACUUUCUACGAAGCUUUAUUGAAAACUUGUAUUUUAUAAAGCACCCACCAAUAUUGACGAAUGUCAUUCUCAUUAGCCUUCAAACUUGAUUAGACUCUGCCUUCAUAUUUUUGCUUAUAAAAGCAAAAACAUCAUUUUGAUAGACAUGGUUUGAGUUUUUUUAAUAAGCUGCUGAAUUUUAAAAUUAAUACUUUUGGGGCCACCAAAUAUUUUGGAUCAUGCAAAGAAUCUAUAUUGUACUGUAGUAAUUUUGUAAUAUUUGUAAGAUGAUAUAGUGAGUGUGACUGGUUACCAUUGCUUGAGUCUGUACAUUGUUCCAAUAAAUUGUUUACAUUA